AUGGUAUCGUCAUCAUCGGUUGGGACUCCUGGCGGGGCAUCCUCAUUGAAAAAAGCAAUUUCUCUCUAUUCACCACUGAUUGAUUAUUCGGCACCAUUGUUGCAACAAACACCAGAAUCCUCUAACAACAGCAGCAAUGCCAUUAACCAGAUAACCUUGCAACAGCAACAACAACUGUUGACCCAGGUAAGACAUCAUCGAUCAGUUGGUUUAAAUGUGUCCCAACAACAACAACAACAAACAACACCACCACCGCAGCCGUCAGCAGCAACAACAUCUUUGCUGCAGCCAUCUUCGACUCUAACGAAUGGCAAUCAUCAUUUACACAACAACAAUGGCAACACUGGCAACUCUACAACAACAACCCUCAACGAAUGUAGUAAUAAUUUUAUGAAUUCUGUAGUACAUGAAUUGAAUGCAAUUAAGUUAAUAAGCAAUAAUAAUAAUAACGCAUCAGGUGUAAUAGGUCAGCAAAAUAGCCACCAUCUACCCACCAAUACUUCUGCUCUGAAUAUCAACUGUCGUACGGCAAAUUCUGCCAUCGAUCACAGUUUGCUAUUCGGAAUGCAAAAUUCUGGUGGUGUUGGUGUAGGAUUAGGAGAUUCCAACAACAGUAUUAGCAUUUUAGGUAGCAACAAUAACAAUUCUUCUUGCAAUAAAUCACAUAAUAACAAUCUUUGGGGCCAAUUGCCAACGGCCAAUAAUAAUUCUAUUAACACAAAUAACACAACCCAAUUAUUGUAUAAUCAAACAUCAGCCACAAACAUUUCCAAUCUUUGGGGAUGUGCAACUCCAAAUAAUGCAACUUCUUCUUCCUCAACAUCCUCAUCCUCGGUUGUAACAAAUAAUAAUAAUAAUAACCAAAUUAAUGGCAAUAAUAUUAAUAAUAAUCAAACUAAUUCCCAUCCAUCCCUAAGUCCUAUAUCCUCGUCGUCUGUGCGCUCAUCCCAAUAUCAUAGCGCCAGCAGCCAUCGUAGCAAUAGCAAGGAAUCCCUUUGGACCUCAAGUCAGUCCUCGCCAAAUAGCAAUCUCAGGGAAAGUUUUUAUUCAAUUAAGAGUAAUGAAUCGCCAACAUCUUCAAAUACAUCGUCAGCUGGAUCGACAUGUUCUUCAUCAAAUGGCGGCAACAAUGUAGGAGGAGGAGGCUUAAUAUCACAAAAUAAUACAAACUUAUGGGAGAGUCCUUUGGUUGUUGGCUCCUCAUCAAAAUUAACAAUGGAUGCAGCAACAUCAUAUGCCAGUCAAUUGAACAAAAUUAGUAAUAUUUGGGAGAUACCAAAUCCAGCAGCAAAUGUUGCAAACAUUUGUAAUCCUAAACCACAGCAACAUCAGCAACAACAACAACUGCAGCAGCAACAGCGCAAUGGAAAUUCAACAUCAUUUUUGGGACAAACGCGCGAUCUGCUAUUUAAUGAUCUCUGGAGCAACAACGAUACUAAUUGCUCUGCAACACUCAAUUCCUCCGAUCAUCACCAUCAGCAACAACAUCAACAACAGCAGCAACAUAAUCAAUUUUCUGUUGUUGGUGGUGUUGCCAGUGAUGUUAAACUUCAAAGUGAUACAAUUGGUUCAAUUUGGCGUACAACAGUAACUCCAUCAUCUAAUAUUGGAUGCAAUGGCGGUGCUCAACAUCGCAACAACAACAAACAAUCAUCAGCAACAUGUAUCCAGACAAAACAACAACAACAACAACAGCAACGUCCAGUAAUCGGUGCAAAUGCUAGUUUCUUUACCAAUGCCACCGACCCAUCAACAACAGCCUCCUCCCAUUCGUCGUCAUCAGUAGCAGCAGCAGGAUCAGGAACAACAACGGCGUCAUCGGGAAGCUCCUCGUGUAUGCAACUUUUUUCCGAGGAGUUUCUUAAUUAUCUUAAUAUGAUUAAUUAA